GAGUGGAGUGUCCAGAAAAGCCCUAUAAAAGUGUAAGGCUUUAUUAUUAUUCCUUCAUAAGAUAAAAUUUGCGCUGUAGAUUGCACGGCACACAGGGGACUCUUAAAGCAUAUUUUGGAUGUUAUCAGGAUUAAGAAUGGCCUUUUCAUUUUCAUUUUGGAGGCGCAGUCUCUUUUCUCUUAUCUACUCUAGUUAACCUCGUACGUUUUUUUAAUUUCUUUGUACGACGUUUCAUUUUUAAUUUUCUUUUCGCGUCGGGUACUUGUUAGACGUGCCACUGCCAGCCAUGGGAACCCGUGUCGUGCAGGAAGCAGCUCCUUUGAAGAACCGUCCGAAUCCCCCAGUUUUGUUUUGGUUUUUUUUUUGUUACUAAAACGAAAUCCGCGACGUCUGAAAACUGAAAGACGCCGAAUGGAAACAGCCACGAAUGGGCCGCAUUCAUUUUUUUUGGUUGCUGUCCUCGCCGAGCGCCGGGAGGUGCUUCUGGCCGAGCUGUCGCCGCCGGCACGGUGAAUCCUCCCAGCACGCGCAGUGUCCGGCCCACUCCCAUCCCACCAUGCUGAGAGACGGCGGGAAGGCCUGGAGCGACCCGGAGGAGGAGGAGGAGGAGGAGGAAGAGGAGAUGAUCUUCGGGGAGAACGACGAGGACGCGGAGGAGAUGAUGGACCUCAGCGACCUGCCCACGUCCCUGUUCGCCUGCAGCGUCCACGAGGCCGCGUUCGAGGAGGACCUGCACCGGGAAAGGUUUGAGGCCCUGUUCCGGAUAUAUGACGAGCAGGCAUCGUUCCAGAUGUUCAAGAGCUUCAGGAGAGUGCGGAUCAACUUCACUUCCCCUGAGGCAGCAGCCAGAGCCCGGAUUGAGCUCCAUGAGUCCGAGUUCAAUGGAAAGAAACUCAAACUGUACUUUGCUCAGGUGCAGAACUCUGGCGAGGAGACGGACAAGUCCUAUCUGGCCCCCCCACAGCCGGUUAAGCAGUUCCUCAUCUCCCCCCCGGCCUCUCCCCCAGUUGGCUGGAGUCAAAGUGAGGACGCCACACCGGUCAUCAACUACGAUCUGCUGUGUGCUGUUGCCAAGCUGGGCCCAGGAGAGAAGUACGAGCUCCACGCUGGCACCGAGUCCACCCCCAGCGUGGUGGUGCACGUCUGUGAGAGCGAGACCGAGGAAGAGGAGGAGGCCAAGCCCAAGCAAAAGAUAAUCCAGACGAGACGCCCAGAAGCCCCUCCCAAGCUGUUCAACUAAAAGCUGUGAAGCUCGUCCUUCGUUUCAGUUUCAGUAACGUUUAGCAAAGGAGCACGCAGAGGUGGCAGGUCUGUACUGGUGCUUCACGCACACUUUGUAUAGAGAGAGACCUGCUCGCUGACACGAAGCAGGUGAAUCUUGAGAAAGACAAAACUCAUGUGUUCAUUUCAAGCACUGUGGCUUCUCGCUGGCUUUUCUUCAGUUCCUUUUUUUUUUCAUUCUUAUUAUUCUUAUUCAUGGACCAGUAUGAGAAUUGCGAUAACCAUAAUCAGGUGCAGAUCCAGAGACUUUGUUUCACCAGGGUCUGCUGCUUGCGUCCAUAUCGGCUGACCUGUCGCGCUGCAGACCUUCGGACAGAAAUAGGAUGCACUUUACGUUACACGUAAACCGGACAAGAAGCUCAGAAGAAAGUUGACUGCAUAGCAACGGCUUGUCCUGUUUGGAGGAUCAAGCGUUGUGAGGGUUGUUUUUUUCAAAGGAGAGUUGUUUACUGAAAUAUGUGUUCUCCCCCUGCACUUGAUACCGUAAGCUGUUUGCACACAUGCAUGCUGAUGUAGUGGUCGCUGUUUAUUUUUUUUACUUGUCCUAGAAACCAAAACAAACAUAUCUAGAAGUUGUGGUGUUUUUUUUGUGUCGGACAAAGCUAGAUUUCAUGCAACAUCGAAAGUGGGGUCCCAUUUGUAUAGCAGCUGUUCCAGCUGGUGAGGGUGAUGGACAGCUUUAGGAAGCCUUGAAUCCGGCUUUGGUUUGUGUUAACCCUGAGCAAGGUGAAAAACAUUGACUUGUAAAAGCGAAAUAACGUAUCAUUCAGAGGGAACUAGACAAUAACAGCAGGAAGAUAAUAGGUCUUAGGACAGAUUAUAGCAAAUCUGUUUUGUUCACAAUGUCCCAAAACAAAAGAAAGCUCAAGGGAAAAAGGAUCUUGAGCUUCUAAUCAUUGUCAGAUAAGUAUACUUAAUAAAUGUCUUUAGGACAACUGUUGUUUUGUGCUAUUGGUCAGUUAAAGCCAUUACAUUUUCAUUGGGUUUUAGACUUGCUUCAUAUACACUGCAUGGCUGCUAGCGUUUUUCAAAAUGCCACAACAGGGCCAUUAUUGUGAAUGGAAACCCAUGGUAACUGAAUGCCUUUUAAUUGUAAGUAUUUUGAGCUGUCAGAGAGCUUUGAAGAGAACAUCUGGAUCUUUGGCUGUAUAGUGUUGAAUAGCUAAUAAAUCUUCUCACUCUGCAUUUAUUAUAAACUAGAAGUCUCGUUUGCAUCCAGAAGCAUUUUGUUUUUGCAGCAUUUAGGAAAUAUUUAAUUACUGUUGUGUUGUAUGGUAACAUUGCCAAAAACUAAGACAAAAACAUAAAACUGGCUGUGGUGUUCCCUGCCUUGAGCCUGUUGCUUGCCGGCAAAUCAAACUGCUGAAUUAGACUUUUUCCUUUAAAAUAUUUAAGGUCAACGAUGUCUGUAUAAAAACUGAUUUGGACCAAUAAAAAUUGUCAACAGAUCUAGAAAAUACCGACCUUUAACUUUUUGCAACAUGCAUAUUGUGGUUUAAUCUUAAUAAAGUCUGCCGUGUUGAUUUGCAUUUUAUCAAUUGUAAUUGCUUACUUGUUCUAAGCAUCAUGAAAAAAUAAGAAAGGUGUUAAAAUAAUAAUUUAAAGUGUAACUUGCUAUCUCAUUUUAACCCUUUUGCCCUUUUAUUAUUGUUAGACUGUAUGCUUAAGAAGAAGUAUUUUCAUUGCAUUGCACUAGAAGAAGCCUUUAUGUUCCUUACUACAAACUUCAGUGUGAGGUGACUCUUCACAUGUGAUACCUGGUAACUUAAAACAGAGAACUUUAGCCCCUGUAGACUAGGCUGGGCUGGACAUCAGAUUUGUUUCAGCAGGAAGAAAAGACUUUAUUGUCCAGCAUUUAAAUAUGAAGUGAUGUCACAGUAAAAACACACACAGACUUUAUUUGUGCAGUAUUUGCCCAGCAAUAUUGGUACUUUAAAAAGGCUUCUGCUUUGCUGCAAACAGCUAAUUUGUAAUACCACAGUAUUCUCACAUACUAAACCUCCAGUAAGUGAAAUAUAUUGUGGAGAAGUGCUCCUUCAUCAGUUCCAGAAUAAACUGGUGGAGGUCAGAACUGAUGAGCAGACCUGGAAAGCUGCUUUAACUGGGUAUUAUUACUGUUGUCAUUGUAAUGAUUAUUAUGUGAUUAGUCUGCAUUGUAGCACUUUAUUCCCUUUGGCAUUGAUCGUCUUUUGUUUUUCAUAAGAUGACACAUCCUCGUGGAGGAGUAUCAUUAUGUUGCAUUUAAUUAAAAUGGUCUUUUUCAUAAUCACCUUAUAGCCUUUGCUUUCACAGGCCUAGAAGUGUAGGUGUUAAAGUUUAAAUUUCAUAUACUGUACCAACUGUUAAAAAAGUUUCAGGUAUAGUAUCGAUAGUUAAACAGGCUCAUGUGCUCUAAGUGUAGCUCUAGGGAGAAAGGAUGUAUAUACGAUAGGGGGGUAUUUUAAAAAUGCCUUCAGAAUCUUAUGACUUUGUGUGUAUUUGCACAUAAAUAUGCUAUCUGACACGAGCUUAACUUCUAUGUCUAUGGUUUAAAACCAGUGUAUCUUGUUCAAUUGUAAGAUGUCAACAGGAUAUGUACUCAGCAAACGCAUUGUCAGAUGAUGGUGUUCGUUUAGCAUUUUACUAUCGGGAUCUUUUGAAACUGGGUGCGUUUUCCGUCUCAAAAACUGUUUUAAAAAUGUGUACAGAGCAUUACGUUAUGGUGGCCAAUGAACUAAGCUUUUGCUUUUCUAAGGUUUUAGUUAAGGAUUUAAAUCAAUUGAAAGGAAUAGUCAUUUAAAAAAGAGGGACUUGUGUUUGUCUUGAAUCAUCACUCAGCAAUCACAAGACGUUUGUUGAAAAUGGAUUCAGUUUUCACUUUCCUUGGAAGUCUAUAAAUGAUCAAUAACAUCACUGUUGUACUGUUUGGUUGAAAUAUAAAUACUGUGUCUUCUUGUAUUGUAGUUGUUCAGAAAAACAGUAGCAAUCAAGCAAUAAUUUAUGGUUAUAACUGUAUUUAAUGUGUUGUAUGUAAUAAUUUUCAGGAUUGUUUUAUUGACUGUUACUUGCUUAUAUUUGUGUAGAAAUAUGAAUGUAAUUUGUUUCACUUAGGAAUAUAUAAAGAAUUAUUCUUAAACCUGC